UGUAGGCGGGCGCAAGCGUCGUGGUUUUGUCGGAGGCGGGGCUGUUAGGUCCGACAGGAAAACUAAAGAAAGGCGAGUAUCUUUGAUAAAACGAUGGCUGCAAUCAGAAAGAAACUGGUGAUAGUUGGUGAUGGAGCCUGUGGAAAGACCUGCCUCCUCAUAGUAUUCAGCAAGGAUCAGUUCCCCGAGGUUUAUGUGCCCACAGUGUUUGAAAACUAUGUGGCAGACAUCGAGGUGGAUGGUAAACAGGUGGAACUGGCUCUGUGGGACACAGCGGGUCAGGAGGACUACGACCGGCUGAGGCCUCUCUCCUACCCAGACACCGACGUCAUCCUCAUGUGCUUCUCCAUCGACAGCCCUGACAGUCUGGAGAAUAUUCCAGAGAAGUGGACUCCCGAGGUCAAGCACUUCUGUCCCAACGUGCCGAUCAUUCUGGUGGGAAACAAGAAGGACCUGAGGAACGAUGAGCACACACGCAGAGAGCUGGCCAAGAUGAAGCAGGAACCAGUGAGGUCCGACGAGGCCAGGGACAUGGCUAACCGGAUCAAUGCCUUCGGUUACUUAGAGUGCUCAGCCAAGACGAAGGACGGUGUUCGUGAGGUGUUUGAGAUGGCCACCAGGGCGGCGCUGCAGGCCAAGAGACGAGGCAAGAAGGGCGGCUGCCUUCUGCUAUAGAGCGUCUGGUCACACAGGAUCGGGAGGGAAGGGGGAAACAAACCAGGCCAAGAAAACCAGCCCUCCUCUGUGUUGGGGCGUUAUGGAAGAAAAGUCAAACCAGGCCAAAGGGGGGGUGGGGGGGGGGUACUUUUAAGUCCUUUCAACUGAAAAUACUGCAAUCUGUAGGAUUCAUUAGACGUGAAGAGAAGGGAAGUGUGGGAGGGUAUGUACUAAAGGUAGGUCUCCAUGGCUGAGGCCAGCUACAGAGAGAGACCGGGGGGGUCAGAACACCUGCCUGACUAAAAGCCAACUCAUACUUCUGUGUCCAGUCUAUGCCGCUGCCACGCCAUUGUGAGCAUUUCUUGUGCGUUGGUGUCUGCGUCGCUCUGCAGUUACACCGCAAAAACGCUAGCGGGUGUUGGGGUUGCUGUGUUCUAGGAACUUCCUGUUUAGCCCUCCGCUAACUUAAACAGGGGUAAAAUGAUUUAAUUCUGUGGCUCUUCUGGACUUUCCACAUCAGAUCAAAUUCUGAAAGCGUAAUGUUGUUGUGCUCAAAAAAAUGUGUACAGCGUUUUACAGUCGUUUCUUUCACAGCGACAGUCUGUAGCACAGAGCACCACCUGGGUGACGCUACCAAGCCAACCAAUCACACCAGUUCCUGCGGUCUGCUUUGCUGCAGCGUGUCGUUACGUUUUUGUGAAGGUGCGCACUGGGCUCCGGCGUAGAUUGGACACAAGUAUAAACUGGCCUUAAGCAUCGAAGACUUACAUGGCUUGCAGCGUGACCGUGCUUUUCUUUCUGUCGUUCUGUACGUUUUUCUGUCUCCUAGCCCGCCCUAACUUUCUGUUCCAUGGACCUGUAGUAUCUGAUUCACUCAUUUAAAAAGCUGAGACUUAUUGAGAAUUAUUGGCAUUGACGGUAAUGAGACCAACAAAUCUGUUUUACACAAGCUUGUUGAUGAAAAACUGUCUGUAACCAGUAAACACACUGUAACCAGUCGGGUAUUAAAGGGUUAAUGAAAUUGUAAUCUCCUGGAGACAGUUACUGUAAAUUAGUACGUUGACUCCACAGAGGACCAGACAUACAUAUAUAUAAAUAUAUAUAUAUAUAUAUAAUUGGAACAGGCCUUUAUUUCUAAUCUUCUGUUGAUGCAGACUUCCUCCAUGUUCACCUCUCGUCUCGAUAAAUUCAGGAUCACGCACAUUCCUACGGCACCGUUUCCAUCAUUGCUGUUCAGCUACCAUCACUUAAACGCAGCCUUCCAGCUGGUCAAAUUACGAGCUUCCUUGUCACCAGCAGGCUUUUAAUUUGAAACAUUUGCAGGAAGGGUUGAGUUUCAGCCUCUGUAGCUAAGUAAUAAAGUAGCUGUACUGAUGGAAUAAGUGCUGUGGAAAUUUGUACAUUAUACUGAAUUUAAGCAUGUGAGACAUUAUAAUAGAGCCCCCCCCCCCCGUGUAAACACACUUUCAUUAUUUAAAUAGCAGCUUUUAUUUUGACAUGUACAGAGGAGCUGUGUGCCGGGCGUUGUCGAUGAUGUCUACAGCUCCUCUUUUUCCACUUCGUAUUCUGCCGUAUAUUAUUUUAACUAUGUGAUAUUCUACUGGCUUACAUUGUAUUAUUUGCACACAGUUUUAAACAAAAAGGUCAGUGUGGUAAAUACACUUUGAUGAAAUAUGUCAAAUUUUGAAAUGCAAGCGACUCCUAAAGGAUUGGUUAUUUGUAAGAGGAAUAUUCUUUUGUAUGCAGACGUCUCCUCGCAUUCCUCCAGUCGUCUUUUUUAAUGUCUUCUAAUGGAAAUAAAUUGGAACUGGUAGUGACCAAA